AUGAGAAGAGAGCACUACUUGACAGACGAUAACGACCAAGAAGGUAGUGAAAACGAAGAUGAUUCUGAGGAGAAUAAAAAUGAUGACGACAGAGGUGAGGAUAAUAACAACGAAAGCGAAGAAAAUAACUCCAACGAAGACGGUUUAGGCAAUGAGUUACCAGAAGACUACGAGUACGAAGGUAGUAGCGAGGAUAAUGAUGACAAAGAAGAUGAUAUUUCGAAAGAGAAGAAACCGUCAGCCUCUUUGGUUUUUGUCGCUUUGGCCAGCACCAGCGUCUAUGCGGCCGGUGCAACAACAGCUGCUCCAUCAAGCUAUGAAGAAUAUGAUUCGAUGGAAGUACAGACUAUCCAACAACAUAUUCUGCACAUUGCGUCAAAAGAACAGUCAAAACUAGCACCUCCAGGCAUAGGUUCUGCAAAUAUGGCACUAAAGAUACAAUUUAUACUCCUUGUCGCGUUAGCCAGCACUAGAGUACAUGCGGCCGAUGCAACAACAGCUGCUCCAUCAAGCUAUGAAGAAUAUUACUCGUCCGAAUAUUAUGAUGAUGGAAGUACAGACAAUCCAACAUACACAUAUACUUCUUCUGAUGGAUCCACCGAUGAAAACUCUUCAGAGGGAAGUACAGACGAUCCAGCAUAUACAUAUACAUCCACCGAUGAAUCCACCAAUACGUCGACAGACGCUCCAGCUGCAGACGACAGCACUGAGAAUCCAGUAGGUGAAUCUACCGCAGACUACUCAUCUGAUUAUGACAGCAGUACAGACAGCAGUGCUGACAACAGUGCAGACAGUAGUACCGAAGCUGUGGAAGCAUCUAGCACAGCUAAAGAUGAUUUGCACUAG